GCAGUGACGCACACACGGCAAGCCUUGGGAAGACUUGGGAGAAGAAUGGCGGGGAAAAUGGACAAGACGACGAUCAUCGCCUCCGCGGUUGUCGGGUCCCUGGGGUUGCUGAGCGCCAUCCUGGGGUUCUCCGCCGAGGUUACAAAGAUCACUGCGACCGAUGUACUGGUCGGCGCGCGCGGCGAGUGCCUGUACCCGCAGAACCCCGCAGCCGAGCUGGGGGUCUGCGCGGCCGUCUUCCUGCUGUUAGUGCAGAUCACCGUGUCGGCCGUCGGCGGCUGCUGCGGCUGCUGCAUGUCCGGCCGGUCCAUCCCGUCGGAGACCAAGCGGAUCAUCGGCGUCGUCUGCGCCGUCAUGUCAUGGUUAGUCACCACCGAUAUCACCGCAGGUACGGUGUGGUUAUACUCGGCGAACCGUGAUUCAUGCCGAAACUGAUCGAGCGUGCGUGGGAGCGGAUAUGCAGGAUAGCGGGAUCGCGUGGUUUCUGUUCGGGGUGGGCGCGGUGGUGAACAUAGAGGGCAAGGGGGCAACCAUGCCGGACUGCUACGUCGUCAAGCGCGGAAUCUUUGCUGGCGCGGCCGUGCUGGCCCUCGCUGCCACGGCGUUCGGGAUCACGUCCUACGUCAUGCUCCGAACGCAAGCCGACGAGGCGCCGGCCAAGAAGCCGCCGCUGGCCGGGGUCGCGAUGGGCCAACCGCAGUUCCUGCCGCCGCAGGCUUCACAUGUAUAGACAGCCAAAUGGGCCACCCAGCACGACCUCAGCCCAGGCACAUCUAGGGCACGGCCCAAAGCAUGUCGGGCUGGCACGGCCGAUAUACUCUUCGUGUCGUGCCGGGUCAACCCACAGGCUAUAAAUGCAGCCCAGACACAACCCAAUAAGGUGCGGGUCGUAUCGUGCCGAUACGAAACCACGAUUAGCCCAUCGUGCUCGCCUUAGAAUAAGUCUAUUUUGCUUCACUCAUCUUUUUGGGCCGUGUUUAUAUGGUUGAAAAUAAGUGCAUUUUGUGUCCCUUAUUUCUUUGAGUCGUACCUUAUAUAACUGGAAUAAAUCUGUUUUGCCUCCCUA